GUCGCUAUUGCCAUAGUGAUCAUCCAAAUUGAAUGUGACAGAUUCAGCCAAAAAUCAUUGAAUUUAUAUAGUCUUUCCUUCCAGAGAUCGUAUGGUUUUGUUGUUAGACUGACGCUUCACCUAAGAAAUUCAAAAUGAGCGCUGUAACAACAGCUACAAGUAUGAGUUCAUCUGAAGUACCAAGUAAUGUUGGACCUGGUGGAAAUCAACCAGAAAUUCCAGAAGAACUACCAAUAGCAAGCGAAGAAGGACUUAGAUUUCUUGAAAGUAUAAUUCCAGAGGAAGAUUAUAAAUACCUGAUGUUUGAUGACAAUCUAGCCACCACAUCAGAUACUGGUAAAGAACUGGGAGAGUUUACAGUAUCAGUAGAACCUACUCGAUACAAAUCACAAGACUGUUUCCUCAUCCACGCUAAUAGUCAUGGUGCUAUUGAUGGUGUUCCAUGUGGUACAUCUAUCACAGCUUAUGUUGGUCAGAAUCUAGAAACAAUUGAACAACAACAUCAUGAAUAUGUUAAGCUUGAAAACUGUCCACUUGAUAGAAAAACAUUCAUUGUGCAACAAGAUGAAGGAUAUGUUGUAAACAGAGUUAUAACACAAGGGGAGGAUGUACAACGAUCAUCAAAGACUUUAGAAUUGGAACAGAUGAAAGGAUUUAUCUCUGAAGGAUCAAAUUUACUGCUGCACAGACUGUUAAUUGAGAAAGGAGUAUCAGAAAAUUUACAAUUGUUGUCAUUUGAUUCUGAAACUAAUCUAUGUGCUGCUUCUUAUAAACCUUUAGAGGACAGAACACAGACAGUUGAUGGUACAGAAAUCAGGGUAUAUGGUGUAGAAAGAACAAUCAACUCUUUUGUAGAUCUUCCUACCACAUGGCAGUCAUAUUUUGUACAAGAUGGGCAUUUGUCCAGUAGAGUACAGGUUGGAUCACCAGUCACCAUGAAAUUAAUCAAAGUACCACAACUCAUAGAGAGAGAUGAAGAACCACCAAAGCCAGUAUUUGAGAAGAAACCAUUGAACUGGGAGGAAGACAUGCAGUUGUAUUCUAGAUUUCUUGAUAGAAAGGAGGAACUAAAAGCUGACCACUCUUCCUAUAUUAGAUCACAUCCAGAACUUAAAAGUAUUCUAGCAGACUUUUUACAGUUUCUGUUAUUACGGAAACCAGAUGAUGUUGUACAGUUUUGUGCUGAAUAUUUCUCAGCUUUUUCUCCUACCAUGCCAACAUCAACUUCUUAUCUUGCUUCGAAUGCUCCAACACCUUUCCCAGCCAGCAGGACCAACACAAAAAUAGAUCAGCUAAGAGCACCUACUCGAUAGAUAACAAUAGUACAAAGUCAUUUGUUUACUCUCUGGUUGUAUAAAUCUUGAUGGUAGCAUGUUCUGUUAUCAAGAAUGUUAUGAAAACAACAAUUAUUUCAGUCCAAGAAUAUCAAAUCUUAAAUUUUGGUUAUUUAUAAAAAUGAUUCAAUAAAGCAAAUCAAGCUUGGAUAUGGUACCUGAAAUUGAUUGAUAGAAGUUUUCUUUACAACAGUAAAAUAUAUGGAACUAUUCUAUAAAAUGGCAUUGUCUUUUGUUCCUUCAAUUAAUAGUAAAAAGAUAAGAUUUAUGUCAUUUGGAAAAGUGAUGAUUAUAUUGUUUUAGUUCUGAAUGUAUUUCUAUCAGCCUUUUCAAAUUGAUUUUUUAAAAUGAAAAUGAGAAAUAUUUGUUUACAUUUUCAUUAAAUUUAAAUACCAGUAAUGCUGAAAUAUUUUACAAGUAACUUGAACAAACAACUAAUAUGCCUUGUUACCAUGUAAGUGUUAGACUUUCACCAAAGAUGACAUUAGUUUUAUAAAGGACAUUUCAGUGAAUAUAUUGUUAACUGUUUUUAUUAUUGUUAUUUUAAAUUAUACAUGUAUAUAUGUAUGUAUAAUUAUAUUGUUACAUAAUGAUGUUCCAAUCAUUGAUUAUAAUAGUAAAUGUAGUGAUUGUUGAAAAUUUUAGAUUAAUCAAUUAUAAUUUCAGCAAUCAAUACUGGAUAAAGGUAAAAAUAUCUCUACGAUUAUCGUUUUUCACGGAACCUCUUCCCCAUCCCUGUAAAUGUAACAAUGCCGUAAAACACCCAUGACACAUUUAUUUUAUACUUAUACCCACUCUUUUGGUGUAUUCUACGUUUACAUAUCUGUAUGUUAGGAUACUUCUCCUUCAAUAUUAUAUUUGACAUGCACCAGUAUUACAUGAGGAACAAGUUCUUACUUUAUUUGCAAAUCAAUUAAAAACCUGUCAUAAGAAAAAUUUGAAUUGAGCUGAUUCCCAACACUAAAAUUGUAUGAUAAACAUUUCUUCAUCUUCAUCAUUGUAUAUAUUAUAAUCAUUUAUUUUGCUAUUGUUGACAAUAUAAUAAAGAUAUUGUUAUAAAG